AGCAAAGUACGGCUGUGCAUUACCGGGCGGACGGUUGGCGGGCCGGCCUCUCAGUGCGCCGUCUGUGGAGGGGGGAGGGCUGCGGUAGCAGGAGGAGGCGACGAUUGGCCGUUAACCGGCAGGGGGACCGGUUAGAAGCGGCGCUUUCGUGACAAUCAAUGCGGAACGUAGCUGUGCUAGCGGCGGCCUGCUUUUGUGUCCUCGCCAUUAUUGUCCCUUUCGGUCUGCGGCCUGACUGCAGCCCCGGCCGCUUCGUCCAGUUCCGAGAGUGGACAGCAGAUCAGUAUGAUAUUUUGAUUGGCAUACUGUCAGCUCGACACCACCAUGAGUUGCGAAAUGCACUCAGGAAGACUUGGCUGGGGCAUCUACAGCAUCUAAACCAGCGUGUCCUUGCAAAGUUUAUAAUUGGAACUUAUGGUUGCGACAUUCCUGAUGAGGACAGAGAGGAUCCCUACUCCUGUCAGCUGCUCAACUUUACAAACCCAGUUAUAGGACAGGAAAUUGAAGCCAUCAGUCUGUUUGGAACUCCUGCUUCAACAUUGCUUGGUAGCAAGGUUUCAAAGAUUGACUUCCGAGUACUCCAUCCCAUCAUUAUUACAAGACUUGGGGUAUUCCAUGAUCCGAGAGGAGCAGGUUUUCAACAGAACCUGACCGUCCGACUCUACCAAACCACUCUGGAGGAGGUGAUUGCCAGCGCCCGCUUCAGUCCACUCAGCUCUGGAGUACAAGUGAACCAACUGUGGUAUAAGCCGGUGGAAAGAUUUCUUUUACCUAAGGGUUUUGAAGGCACCAUUGCUUGGGAGAGCCAAGACUCUGAAUACCUCAUUACCAUAAACCUCACUGAUGUCCUGCUUGACAGUGGAGGAGGUGUUCUUAGAUUCUCUACAGCUCAGCUGCAGGCAGAGAAACAGGUAAUUCAGGAUGGAUUUGGACAGAAUGUGGCUGCGGUGGCUGGAGGCUUUACUUAUACCAUUCAUGAUGGUACUGCACUCCUGGAAAGCCUCACCACUCGGCCCAAGCGGUUUGAAAGUCACAAAAAUAAGCUCAGGGAAGAGGAUGCUGCCUUACGAAGAGAAAGCCAAACCUAUCAGGAUAUUGUUUUUGUAGACGUGAUAGACACAUACAGAAAUGUGCCAUAUAAGUUACUGCACUUUUAUCAGUGGUCUGUCGAGUCGACGAUUUUCAAACUGCUGCUGAAAACGGACGAUGAUUGUUACAUCGAUGUGGAAGCAGUAUUAGAGAGAGCAGGAGACAGGCUGGGAGCUACAAAUGUGUGGUGGGGAAAUUUCAGGCAGAAUUGGGCAGUAGAUAGCAGUGGAAAAUGGAUGGAGCUGGAAUACCCAAGUCUGGUCUAUCCUGAUUUUGCCUGUGGUUCUGGUUAUGUCGUCUCUCGCAAUCUGAUUCAGUGGCUGGCAGAAAACACUGAGACACUAAAAGUCUAUCAGGGUGAAGAUGUCAGCAUGGGCAUUUGGAUGGCUGCAGUUGGACCUCAGCGGCAUCAGGACCCGCAAUGGCUGUGUGAAAAGAAGUGUCUCCCUGGUGCUCUCUCAUCCCCCCAGUACUCUCCAGGGGAAUUGCUGGAGUUGUGGAAGAAUAAGGAACAGUGUGGAAACCCCUGUGACUGUCAAAAGUGAGGAUCACCAGCAAGGCAGGACAAAUAUCAAAGAGCUUUUGGUUCAGAUGUUCUUGGUUGUGAGUGUGUACACAGUCCCAUGCUUCACUUGUACAACUGUGGUCCACUUUUAUCAAAGGAUGAGGAAGCAGUGUUGUCAGACCAGAUGGUGGUUGGAAUGAAAUGACUGUGAUCAUAAAGGACCUACCUAUAAGCUUCCAGCUCCACUUGGCCCUAUGGGCUUUUACCUGUUACUGAGCUUACACCAUUUAGGUUGAUUCUGAGCUGGCACUGCUCCACCAGUGUCAUUGGCUGCACACAACUUUCCUGUGUGUAGCAAUGCAAGUCAUUAAGAGGCCAUUUUAACUAUCAAACAAAUGUUAGCAAAUCUUCCUAUUUUUGUAUUUGUAAGAAUAAAAGUACUCCAAAUCCUUUUCUGUUUUCCCCAGCCCCACUCCACUUUGCUAUUUAGAAUCAAGAAUUGGGCAAGAAUUAAGAGAUAGAGAAUAGCUAAUGAGUAUGUAUACCAAUUGGCAGAAUGUAACAAGUGGUGUUUCCCUGGGGUCUCAACUUUUCACCAUAUUUAACAAUCACUUAAAUAAAGAGGGAAUUGUAUAUCCAAGUUUGCUGACAGCACUAAAUUAGGUAGCACAAGUAAUGUAGAUGGGUGCAGAAAGUUGCAAAGGGACAUGAGUUGGAAAAACUGUAGCAGAUGGCAGCCCAAUGUGGGCAAGUGAUGAAAAGGGGCAAACAGGAUCUGAGGAUAUGUGCCUCAGAUAAAACUCCCAGGCAAUAAAUGGUGAGCCAAGCUCACUCAGAGUAGUUCUGGGCACCAUGUUGAAGGGCAACUGAGAUUGGAGCAGCUAACCCCUGCUGAAAAGGAGAAGGGACUGGGGAUGUUUACAUAGAUCGGGGGUAGCUUAGAAGUGAUUUUGUUGAAAUACUUAAAACCUUCUCAGGAAAUAGUGAAGUUCAAUAUUAACACAAUCUAAUGAGAGGGGAGAAAUUUAAAUUUAGACAAGUGCCUACAUAAUUGAGGUCUACUACCUUCACAUAACGAGGGUGGUGAAUAUGUGCAGUAAUCUGCCCAGCAAUGGGGUUGGGGUGGCAGAGGAUGUUGUAAGAGUCAAGCUGGGUUUUUUUGGUAAGCAGGAUCAAGUGAUGUUUGGAAGUGGGUCAAAGGCUUUUGUCUUUUGCAGACAAGGGAUUGAAUGUGCUGUGGUCUGUCUGCCUAAGUACAAAUUCUUGGCUGGGUCUUAUGCUCAGGGCCAGCUUGUUGACCCAGAAAUUGGAAAUGGAACAUCCAUUCAUGAAGUGGAACUUGUUCCCCCUGAAGGUGUAGCUUACACUGUUCCACUGCUGUCAGGUGAUUAGGUAGAAUGUUGUACUUCUGGUUGCAUUCAUAAUACCUUAAUAAUAUUCAUAAGCUUUAGCUCCUUUCAUAAGAGGCAACCUCCUUACCCUGCCUUUGCAAUUGCCCUUUUUAAAGUGGUGAUAUCUGUCCAGAUUUGCUACUGACUCAUUUCCUUCAAGACAAAGGCCAACCACAUUGCUCUAGAUAUCAUAUGAGAAUGUGCAAUCACAACAUGUACAAGGACAGUUUCAUAAUUAUCCAUUUUGUUCUCCUACACAAGUUGGAUACUUAGGAAAAUUCAUCUUCGGUACAGUACAAACCAUAUUACAGUUCCAGAACGGAAACUUUGGACCUUGUGAAAGAACCAUGUUAUUAAAGUUUGUUUUAGUUCAGCUAAUGAGGAAAGAAAACACGACUGCAGCA